AUGAGUCUACACCACCACCAUGGUCUUUUCUUUGCUGCUCUUGCUAUUUUCACCAUCUCAGUCCAAGCAAUUUCAACUCAAUCAUUUUCCAUUCCUAGCAUUUCCCACAUGCACAAGCACAAGCAAUGGGAAACUUUCCACAACUUCACUAGUUGUCGCCUUGGCCAAACUCAAAAAGGCUUGUCAACUGUCAAAAACUACUUGCACCGGUUCGGCUACAUUCCACACGCGCCACCCACCAACUUCAGCGAUGUUUUUGAUGAAACCCUCGUGUUUGCCAUUCGGAGCUACCAAAAGAACUACCACCUCAACAUCACUGGUAAGCUUGACGACAACACUGUCAAGCACAUGAUGCAACCACGUUGCGGCGUUCCUGAUAUCAUCCACACUGAAAAGAAAGACACCACCACAGGGAAACAAAUUAGGUCGCACUUCCACAUGGGUUCCUACUACGCAUUUUUUGAUGGAAACCUGCGAUGGCCUGCGGGAACAAAACAGCUAACCUAUUCAUUCUUGCCACAAAACAAUGUGAACAAUGAUUAUAAAAGAGCGUUUGCUAGGGCGUUUAGUCGAUGGGCUCCCUGGAUGCCUUUUUCAUUUAAGGAGAUAACAUCAAAUGAGACAGCAGACAUUAAGAUCGGGUUCUACAAAGGGGACCAUGGUGAUGGGUUUCCUUUUGAUGGUCCAUAUAAUGUACUGGCACAUGCAAGACCUCCCAUUGACGGCAGUUUCCACUUGGAUGCUGAAGAGUAUUGGGUUGCGUCUGGUGAUGUUACAAAGUCACCAGUAUCCCGUGCAAUAGACUUGGAAAGCGUGGCGGUGCAUGAAAUUGGGCACUUGCUAGGGUUAGACCAUUCUAACGACAAGAAAUCUGUCAUGUGGCCGGUUUUACAAACUCGAACAAGGCGUGUGAAUCUAGGAUAUGAUGAUAUAAAAGGGAUAAAGGUGCUUUAUGCCAUCAAAUAA